CAGAAGCUUCCUCCGACUCCUUGCUCCUUACCGCCGCCGCCGCCGCCGGCGAAGAGUAGAAGGGCGAGGGGAGAGGAUGGGGACCCGACAUAUACCGCUGCCUUGCCUGUACGAGCUCCUCCUCGGCAAAGAGCGCGACCGUUGGUCGCCGGAGGCCAGGUUCAUCGAAGCCGCCCACAACGGCGACGUCCGCAAGAUCAAGAAGAUUGCAAAGGAGCUGGACGUCCGCGGGCACGGGAUCCCGGUGACGGUGGCCAACACCACCUACAUGGGCAUGAACGCCCUCCAUGCCGCCGCCGGCUGCGGCAGCUUCUCGGUCUUCCAGUAUCUCGUGGAGGAGGUCAAGAUGGAUGUCGACUUGCCUGACACCGCUCAGCAGUUUACACCCGUGGCGCAUGCCGUCACCAAUGGCAACCUUCCCGCCGUCAAGUACCUCAUUGAUCAUGGCGCUGAUGUGCAUCAGCAACGUGCAAAGGGAAACAUCACUCUUCUUCAUGCAGCUGCAGUUCAUGGGUACUCUGAAAUAGUAAAGUUUCUUCUUGUGAGGGGAGCUGAUGUGCAUGCAAUAUCAGAUCAUGGAACAGCACUCGCGGAUGCUGCCAUUAGAGGAUUUCCUAGUAUUGUCAAGAUCCUUUUGGAGCACAGUGCAGAUCCCAACAAGGCUAGUUGUCAGUUUGGACUUUUAAGCAUGGCAUUACAAAAAUCUUCUGUAUCCUGUGUGAAGUUAUUGAUUCAGGGUGGAGCUAAUGUCAGUGGUGAUAGUCCUCAGGAUAAUCUUUUGGUAAAGGCUGCAGAGAAGGGCUUAACUGAAGCUAUCAAGUGCUUGUUGGAAGCUGGUGCAAACCCGAAUGUUGCUAGCACAUUUGGUAGACUGCCAAUUGAGUUGGCUGCUGAGUAUGGUACACGGGAAGAUGUUGAGAUUCUCUUUCCGUUCACCUCGCCCAUUUCAACUGUGGCAAAUUGGAGCGUUGAUGGAAUCAUUAGUCAUGUGAAGAUGGAAAUCAAGCAACUAGAGGAUGAAAAAUUUGUGAAAGAGAGGGUGUCUGACCUGAAACGACAAGCAGAUGAAGCAUUCAAAAAGCAGGAUUAUCUAAAUGCAUCAGUGCUCUACACACAGGCACUGAAGAUGGAUAACUUCGACGCCAAGUUGUUGUCAAACAGGAGUCUUUGCUGGCUUCGCAUGGGUGAUGGACAAAGGGCUUCUGAUGAUGCAACUAAAUGCAAAAGGAAAUGGACAAAGGGUUUCUGGUGAUGGACAAAGGGCUUCUGG